GACGAAAUGAGAGAAACUGCGGAGCACAGGAUGUUCACCGUGUUCUGGUUGUUGCUUGACAACAUGAAAGAUAUAGACGUUACUCGUCUGAGGGAGGACAUGUUAGCCAGACUUCAGGCAAUUGCUGAAAUGAAGAACACCACGUUCGACGAGUUUCAGGCAUGGCUGGAUAUUGAAAGGGAAAGGCGCACCGCAGUCUUGAAGCGGUUUUCCGCCCACGUCACGAAGACAACAAACGGGGAGUUAGACGGAGGGGAUGUCAUGUGCCUUGCCAACUGCGGAAAGUGUGUGCUGAAGGAGGGGUGGGCAUCGUACAAUAGGCAAGAUUACAACACAGGUUCGCUACCUACGACAGCACGCAGCGUCGUUGACCUCUUAGCCUUCGCCGAGGACUGCAUUCGCCACUGUACGGAAACCGUCGAGAAGUACGGUCUGAGUGAAGUGGGUGUCGGGUCUGUUAAUGACGAGCUUCCUGCAAAAAUCGCGUCUCUGCUGAGCAAUUGCGAAGACGUAAUGGAUGCCCUGCAACACAGUCGAGGCAGGUUGUUGGCUGGAGAACUGACGGUGACAUGUACGGAAGGAGAUGUUAUGGGAUGUGGAGAAGGUGAAACGAAGAAGGGAAGAGAAGAAGCUGACAGACCAAUCGGAGUAGUGUUGAGGUUGAACGAUGAGGUGAGCGCUGACGACAAAUCGCGGCAUGUGUUGAAACUGUGGCAUGUUCUGGACGCGAAGGGCGAGUUGAGGCUCAAUGAUUUUGAGUACGACAGUGUCGACUGCGGAGAGUCAUGGGUGAUUGGCGGGUUGGACACUGCAGCGAGUUCGGUUUGCCCACAGACUGAUGUUAUGAGGGAUCCACGGUGGGGUUGGGUGCCACAUGACGCCCCGCUUCUUUGUGGCCGUGUGAAGGUGCCGAUGUGUGAUGCCAUGGGGAAUGUAUGGACCACAUGUUAUAUAAACGGCAGCUUCUCAUCUAGGCACCUGAGCAGGGAGGUGACUGAAGAGGAGAAGAUGGCGAUGGCUUGUCCCACCCCUGCUGCUCGUUGUUUUUCGCCGCCUCUUCGGAACCCUGUGGAGCUCGAGGUGGCAGAGGGGAAAGUGUUCGCGGGUGACCAUGGGUACACAUACACGCAUGCCAGAGGAGAGGACGCUACUGCUGAUGGAAUAACCACGCUGGUAUGGGACUCAUUCAACCUGAACCCUGACGUUCUGGCUGCCAUAGACAUUGCGGCCCAUGUCAUCCCUGAGGGGCAGUUGCAGCAGCAUGUGGCCCCUCAGAAGUAUGGAUAUCGUGUGAAUUGGGUCCCAGGAUGUCUGCAGCCGGCAACAGUUGAUCGCAAGGUGACCAUGGCAGCGAAACUGCAGACAGGCCAUUGGCUGCCCUUGGGGUGGAUGCAUGCAGGCAUGGUGGAGCAGUGGCAAUUCCUGGUGGUAGUGGCACGUGUCUCCAUUUUCAAUGCAGAUGUGAAGGACCACGUGCUGGUUGUGGAGCAUGCAAAGCGGUGCUGGGAGAAGAUAAGGGAGGAGGACCGUCAGAUGGGCGAUGGCGAGAACAGGUACAUGGCUCACAUCCGCCGCAGGCAUGGUUGCUCCGCCCUUGUUGGUUGGGUCCCGGCCGUAUGUCGCAUGACAUACGAGCAAGGUGGAGAGAUGAUGAUGAGGUUCAGGGACCCGCUUGGUGUGCCGUUUCUGCUGACGUACUCGGAUGGCCUCCUGCGAGACAUUCGGUAUAUGGUGGCCGAGGACACCCGAGGUGGACAUCGGAGGCCGGGACAGACGGAGGAGACGCGCCCGAGACAUCAUGACGGUUUGUCUGCUGAGGUGGAGGGCCCAGGUGGCGGUGAGCGAGUUGUAGGGUGCUCUACAGCGCAGGGUGACGUGGUCGGGCCCAGCAAGACAGCGAUGUCCCACAGCCCGAGGAAGGUGAAAGCGGUUGUGUCGAGGCCGCGGAGGGGGAAGACGGCUGGUGACAAGCAAAAGAAGAACCCCCAGCCUGUGCCACAGACCGGUAACAAUGCAGAUGCACCUGCACGGGUCCACAGACGCCGCAGACACCCCGGGAUGGCAACUUUGACAGAGAUCAGGAAGCUGCAACGAUCCACCGACCUUUGUAUCCCUUUCAGGCCUUUCUUGCGCGUCGUCCGCGAGGUGGUGGAGAAGGACAUUACCCCUAAUAAGGGCCUGAGGUUCGAGAUGACGGUUGUGCGUGCUUUGAUGGAGGCUGCGGAGGCUUACCUGGUCGCUAACUUCGAGAACACAAACGAAGUGGCGAUCCACUCGAAGAGGGUGACCAUCCAGGAAAUGGACAGCGGUCCACGGGUGUGCGACUGCGGCAGACCUUUCAUGCCCUUAUGGACUUUAAACUCGCAUUGUGCGAGGGCAUGCCCCGCCGUGGCGGAUGAGGGAGCGCAAAGGCAGGAGAAUGAUGCUGCCCACGAUCCGGGACCAUCCAACAUAGGCGCAGCCAAUCUCGCUGGUGAUGAGAGCGAGGACGCGGGGGCGGAGGACGAUGCGAAUGGGGCAGCCGGUGAUAACGCAGAGCCGGCAGCGCAACCCGUCGAGCCUUUUGACAGCUCGCGCAGGUUAGCAGCGCUUAUUUUCUCCACCAGGGGCGGCGUCGGUAUGUCACAUAUGGACGUUGAUGCUCUCUUGUCACUUCUCAAAGACCCGAGAUUCAACGCGACGGACAUUGCGUACCGCAACAGUCGAGAGUGCUUCGCAUGGGCGGGCAGUCUAGCAGAGGCCGCUGGGUGGAAGGAGUUGGAUCUGCGUAGUGACGACUGACCUCGAGAAGCGCACGCCGUCUUGUGGCACCGCGAUUGGCGAACUGCAUUCUUAUCGAUAAUGCACGUCG